CAUACUUGACAUUUACACUUUGAAUCCUGUUUAAAUAUUUGUUGUCUAAAUUGUUUUUUUGUAUCGCUUCAUUUACUACAAUGCACCGCUGGUUUUUUGCCAACGAGAAGGAGGAGUGUGAGCCAAGGGACGAUGAUGAUGGAUCAAAGAAAAGUCAAGAGGAGGAAGCUCCUCCCACUCCGCCUCCGAUUCGUACUACCGACUGGCCCUUCUGCGUUAAGUUUCACCGACCUCUUAACGGAAACGAGUACGUCGCCAUAAGUGGCAACUGCGAAUCUCUGGGAAACUGGGAUCCCAAAAAGUUAUAUGUCUUGGAAAAGUACACCUGCUUUGACUGCAUUUGCAAUUGCUAUCAGUUUGAAGCCACUGUGACGAUACCCCGCAACAUCGAUAUAGAAUAUCGCUACUGUGUGGUGAUAUACGAUCCCAAGUCAAAGGAGAUGUACAUCCGCUUUUGGGAGGCGCAACUGAAGCCGAGGAUCAUAAAGACGUACUUUAACAUGCUGAAGAAAUGCGACAACUUUGGAACUCCACACGAGGAGGAUGAGAACAAUAGGAUUGAUCGAGGAUGGGCCACCACGGAGACCAUUGUGCACCUGAAGUUCUUCAAUGCUCCUUUUUGUUGGCAACGUCAGAAACAAAGACUUCUGUAUGUCCACAUCCAGCCAAUGUUCGAGCUUCAGCAAGAUUCUUGCCUACAGCCGUCUCUUCCCGUCCAAAAAGGAGGGUCGACCACGCGAUUGUCUCGCUAUUUGGAAUCCCGCAAUUCAAAAAUAGACGAUAUUGAUCUUCAACUGGCCCAAGUCGAGGUGGUCAACCUCCGUGCUCCGAAACCUCUGGGAUUUCAGCCGGAUUUUGGAGUUCGUUGUGGUCGUGAGGACUUGCAGUUGUUCCACUGCUCCAUAGCCUCCCCUUUGGAAACCCUUUAUCGUAUUGAUUUGUAUACCUAUGCUUACAAGGCGGCUCCCGAUGAACCACCAUAUAUCUACGGUUACGGUUUCCUGAUGCCGGAUCAACUGCAGGGAACAGAGGGAUGUGCCCGGGUUAAGAUAGCCUGUGGCUCCACCCACCGUCCUUUGAUGGAGUUGUGGGUGAGAUACCUUAUCAUCAAGCCCCUCGAGAACUUCCACUGCGAUUUGAGUCGCAGCUACGAGCGUUAUUGGCGAACUGGUCAGUUGUGCAUGAAUAUCGGACACAAGGGAUCGGGAAAUACCUACCGAUUAAAAAGUGAUUUGGUAAGAGAGCACACUCUAUAUGGUUUCAAACAGGCUGCCUUGGCUAAUGCGGAUAUGGUGGAGUUCGAUGUCCAUCUUACCCAAGAUGCACAGGUUGUGGUGCAUCAUGAUUUUGUCCUGCGAUUUUUACUGCAAAGAAUGCCAAGUUAUGAUGAGCUAUUGGAAAAGCAGGACCUUCUGGUCUUUCCCUACGAGAAGUUGAACAGACUGAUGCUGCUUUCUAUGGGAGGAUGCAAGCGAAAGGACACUAUUGCCGUUCCUUUAGAGUCUUUUACCUAUGAACAGUUGAAAGAUGUAAAAGUCCUGCGUUUUACAGGCAGCAAGGGUUGCGACGUGUCCUGCGACCGAAUGGUGGAGGAUCAGAGGCCAUUUCCCCUGCUCCUCGAUCUCCUCCAGGAGGAAGUCCUGCCCACCAGCAUGGGUUUUCUCAUAGAGGUCAAGUGGCCACAGCUGACCAACUGUCGGCGUUGGGAGAGCGGCAGUUUCAAGCCCACUUUCGAUAGGAACUUUUAUGUGGACACGAUCCUUGAGCUUGUUCUUCAGAAUGCCGGAAAGCGACGCAUUGUAUUCAGCAGCUUUGAUGCGGAUAUUUGUGCCAUGAUUCGGUACAAGCAGAACAUUUAUCCUGUAACUCUUCUGCUUGAGGAUCCAGAAUCGCCAAUCCAGUACUGCGAUCAGAGAGUAAACGUGCUGGAAACCGCAGUCAACUUGAGUAACUCUCUGGAGUUUUUAGGCCUUAGUCUGCAUGCCAAUUCCAUAUUGAAUAAGCCCGGUACGAUGGCUUUACUUCAUCUCUAUGGCUUGAAGGCAUUCGUGUACGGGAGUUCAACUUCGAGCUUGGACACUCGGAACAUCCUGAAGCGCCACGGUCCCAUGGGAAUCAUCUACGAUCGACUGGAUCAACUGGAUCAAGCAGGCGAGGAACUGGAGGGGGACACCAUCUGCACCAUCGAUUCGGUGACCACGAGACCGGUGAUUCGGGAAACCGAACUGGAGGAGUGGCGCCAAAAGUGUGGCUACAAAGAAGAGUCUGUGAUUGCGGUGAAAAACAUAUACAUCGAUUGAUUCGAUUGAUUUGACUCAUUCAUCUGACUUCGAUUUAUCCCACCCACUAAUAAAGUAUCUAAAGUUA